GCGCUUCCGUCUGUCUCCUAGGCGCCUCCCCCUCGAGCCUGUCAUGGGGGAGGCCGAGGAGCAGGUGCCUGAAUCAGGUGCUGUAUUCACAUUUGGAAAAAGCAAAUUUGCCGAUAAUGUGCCUAGCAAGUUUUGGUUUAAAAAUGACAAGCCUUUUCACAUAUCAUGUGGAGAUGAACAUACUUCUGUUGUAACAGAAAAUGGUAAACUUUACAUGUUUGGAAGCAACAACUGGGGACAACUAGGAUUUGGAACAAGGAAUACUGUCAACAAGCCAACUUGUGUGAAAGCUUUAAAACCAGAAAAAGUAAAACUAGCUGCUUGCGGGAGAAACCACACCUUGAUUUAUACAGAACAAGGAAAUGUAUAUGCUGCUGGAGGUAACAGUGAAGGGCAGUUGGGAUUAGGUGACACAGAGGAAAGAAGCACAUUCCAUCUAAUUAGUUUUUUUAGUAACCAGCACAAGAUCAAACAGCUGGCAGCUGGAUCCUACACGUCAGCAGCACUAACUGAGGAUGGACAGCUUUUUAUGUGGGGGGACAAUUCCGAAGGACAGAUUGGUUUGGCUGAUGAAGCUAAUGCAUAUGUUCCUCAUCAAGUGGAUGUUGGUAAACCCAUUUCCUGGAUCUCUUGUGGAUACUACCACUCCGCCUUAAUAACACGAGAUGGAGAACUUUAUACUUUUGGGGAGCCUGAGAAUGGAAAACUAGGUCUUUCAAAAGAGCAACUGAAAAACUACAAGGUUCCACAACUUGUUUCUGGAAUUUCUGGAAGGGCCAAUAAGGUUGCCUGUGGAGGAGGACACACAGUAGUGCUUGCAGAGGGGAAGGUCUACACAUUUGGCCUUGGCCAAUAUGGGCAGCUUGGACAUGGUACAUUUAUUUUUGAAAUUUCUGAACCAAAGAUAGUGGAUUAUUUGAGCAAGCAUAAAAUCUCUAACAUUGCCAGUGGGGAAAAUCAUACAGCUUUAGUAACAGAGAACGGCCUUAUGUACACCUUUGGAGAUGGACGGCAUGGCAAAUUAGGGCUUGGGGAAGAAAAUUACACUAAUCAAUUUUUUCCUACGCUAUGUUCCAAUUUUUGGGGGUUUGCUAUACAGUUGGUUUCCUGUGGUGGUUGUCACAUGCUAGUUUUUGCCACACCGAGGCCUAAAGAACUGGGUGAAACUCAUGUGUCAGACCAAAAGGAACACCACUUGUCUGCUGUGGUCUCUGAAGUGGGUGGAGAUGCAUUAGUAAUAGAUACCUUCCAUCAGACGUUAUCAGCACGUUUGCGGCGGAGAGCGAAGGACAAAUCACCGGAACAGGUUAAUCGACUGGUACGAACACUUCCUCCACUAGGAGAAGGUCCUUCAAAGCUUGCAUCCUGUGCCAUCAGCAACACUAUUCCCCUUGGUGUACUCAGAUCAAACCAUCUUGACUCAGAGGCAGCUGACAGAAGUCAAGGCACCCAAUAUGCUUUGGAUGGUGAAACAGGAGAUAAGAAAGAGGAGAACAAUGAUACAGAAGAGAGCUCAACAGAAGAUGAUUCAGAUGAAAAUGAGGGUAGAACCCUUGGGAACACCACAGAUGUCUUGAAUAUGACCCACGUGAUGAGAAUGAAUCCCGAUAACCAUUCCUUAGAGUUAGCACCAGUACAAAAACAGAAGAAGAAAAAUAAAAAUGGGAAACUGGAUAUUCAUGGUAAGGGUGGGAUGAAAGAGUCUGUUCCUCUCCAAGUUCAGAAGGGUUUGGAAUUGGGUGGCACAUCUUCUCAGGUGGAACCUAUACAUUCAGAGUGUCUAGGAAAGGAUCCCAAUUUAGAAAAAAGUUUUUACGAUGCUUUUAUGAGGAAAAUUAAGGCUGGUAAAAAGUACUCAAAAAGUAAAUCUGCACAGGCCAUUACUGUUAGGGCACAGAAGCCUGACACUGACCAGACUAUUAAAAAAGAAUUUAAAGUAGCAAAAAAGGGGAAAUUGGACCAAGUAAAUUCUAGUUCAACCCCUCAGGAGCUGCCAUUCAGCCAUGCUAGUGAUGGUAUGAUAGAAAAACACUAUGUGGAUUGCCAGGAAAAUAAAGCAGAAGCUAAAGUAGUGAAAUCUGAUAAAUAUGGCAAAUUAUAUGUGCAGGGUAAAGAAAACAAUGAAAAACAGAGAGAGUUUAAACACAAGGAAAUAUUUAUGAAGCAAACAGCAGUAACUGUGUCAUCAUCUUCAAGUGAGGAAGCUAGUAAUGAGUCAGCAAAAUAUGUUCUUCAGAUAAACCAGUAUAAUUAUGGCAAAAUAACAAAGAGAGAAAUGGAUGUAGAAAACAGAAAUAUAAAUUGGGAUAAGGAGCAAAAUAAAGAAAAGGAGUGUUUUGAAGAUACCAGUAUGCAAGCUCAGAGUGAAGAGAAUGAAAAUAUAGAUAGUUCAGAUGAGGCUGCCAAGUUAGAAGAAGAGAAUCUUGAAAGUGAGCAAGACAAUGAAGAAUGUGGAGUGGUUGCAGAAGAAGCUGAAAACGAAGAGGGGAAGCAAGAUGGAAAAAAUGACAGUGAAGUAGAAUCUGAAGGAGAAGAAGGUGAAAAUGAAUCAAAUAAAGAAGAUGACCCCGUAGUCAUCGAUAGAGAUGAAGUUAAAAUGCAGUCUAAAGCAGAAAAUGUGGAUAGGCUGGAGAAUGAGGUGGAAGAAGGGAAAGUUGACACAGAUUUUGAACUGGAAGAGGAAGAAGCAGAAGAAAAUAUAGAUGAGGCUGUAAUGGAAGAAAAAUAUGAAAACAUAGAGGAGGGUGAAUUUGUAAAGGAAAUUGAAGUGGUAGAGGAGGAGCAAGAGAAGAAUGAAUGGGUGGAAGAGGAGAAAGAAAAAGAGACCAAGAGUAAAGAGAGGGAGAAGGAAAAAGAGACAAGGGAGGAAGAAGUGGGAGUAGGGGAAGAAGAUGACCAGAAGGAGGAAGAAGGAGGAAAAGAGGGGGAGGAAGAAGAAGGAGGAGGAAAAGAGGGGGAGGAGGAAGGAAAGGAGGAGGAAGAAGAAGGGGCAGAAACAGAGGAGGAAGGGGAAGAGGAAGAAGUUGAGGCAGAGGAAGGAGAAGAAGGGAUGGAGACGGAGGAGGGAGAGGAGGAGGAGGAGGAGGAAGAAGAAAAAACUGGAGAGGAAGAAGAGGGAGAAGGAGAGGAGGAGGAAGAAGCAGAGGAGGAGGAAGAAGAAGCAGUGGAGGAAGAGGAGGAAGCAGAGGAGGAGGAGGAGGAGGAGGAGGAGGAAGAAGAAGAAGAAGAAGAAGAAGAAGAAGAAGAAGAAGAAGAAGAAGAAGAAGAAAUGGUGAAGGGAGAGGAGGAGGAAGCAGAACAUGAAGAGGAAGAUGUGGAAGAAGAAUCAGAAGCUGAAGAGAGUCAGGAAGAAGCUGAGGAAGGGGAAGAAGGCAGAGAGGAGGAAGACAAAAGAGAAGAGGAAGAAGAUGAGCAUGUAGAGGAAGAAAAAACAGAUCAAAAAUCAUCUGAUGAGGAAGAGAGUGAUGGUGGUGAGAAUCAUGACAAUGAAGAAGAAAAAGAAGAAGAGGAGGAGGAGGAAGAGGAAGAGGAAGAAGAAGAGCAUGUUGAGGAAAUAGAGAAGGAAGAGGAAGAGACUAAUGAUAACGAGGAAGAAGAAGAAGAAGAAGAAGAAGAAGAAGAAGAAGAAGAAGAAGAAGAAGAAGAAGAAGAAAUGGACAAGAAAAAGGGGCAGGAACCAGUUGCAGUGGAACAUAAUAAUGAUCCAUCACCUGAAAAUGAGGGACAGAGCAGUAAAUCAUGUGAGAUUGAGGAAACAAAUCAGAUGGCCACAGAAACUAUAAAGAAAGUAGAGGCAUGUACAGAAGAAGACCCAGCUAAGCAAGAGUGUGAAACUGCUGUGGCUUGCGUCACAAACAAUUCUUCAGGAGCAAUUGCAGACAGUGAUGAGGACAAGACAAAACUACCACAGAAGGCAAAAAGGUUUUCUUUUUUUAAACGAAAAACUUCAAAGCAGAAGGAUGCACACAGCUGUGAUGAAAACAAACUUGAAAAUCUUCCUCACAGUGAGCAGGAAACUGGCAACCAAGGAAACUUACCUAAAGAGAAGAGUAAAGACGAAAAUCAGAACCAUGCUAAAGAAAAUCAAAUGGAGGCACCACAUCAGGCCAAAAAGAUGUCCUCUACCUGUGUAAUACUUUGAUACCUAAUUUUAUAAAGCUUGCAUAAAUGUGGUGUCAUAACUGGCAGCUUGCAAGCAGAUACUGCAAUUUAUACUUGAAAAUGAUAAUGGCAGAUAUAUAAUCAUAUUGAUGGAUUUUUUUUGUAAAAUUAGCAUGUUUCAACCGAUUUACAUUGAUUUUGGACCAACUUCCUAGUAUUUAUUUGUAUUAAUAUUUUUAGAUACUGCAACAAAGAUGAGUAUCACAGUCUUACUGAAAUGUUGUGGCCUUAACUCUGUGUUUUAAUAAAAAAUAUAUUUUUAUACUUCAAA